CUGGCUGCGAAUAGCGCCUCCGCUAUGCCUUUCGAACUGAGUCACGUUUGGUUGGCACUGACUCUUUUCCGUUCUCUGCUAGUGCAAUCCCAAUACAUAUAUGUGCACCCAGAGGCCCGGGUUAUAUCACAAGCUAUGUAUUCCACCAUGUAUUUGUGCAUCGGAUACCAGAAGGAGAAGUUUUGUUCUGCAGACAGAAAGGCUAGGUUCGCCCCUGCAAGUUGCAAAAUGGACUUGACUACAAGCUUUGGGAAAAUAGAUAAACAAAUAAGUUUCAAUCACACUCUGUCGCUUGGACAGCUGGAGCCCGGUGUGUAUCAAAUAGUGUGCCAAUUUCACUCCGGCAGGCAGUUCAACCAACAGCGUCGAUUGAUCGUGCGUGACGGGAAAACAAGGUUGGACUGUUCGGCGUUCGUUUCAAAGUUCACUGUCACAUCGGAGAAGAGAGUAACUCCAACAUGUUGUCUGCGCAUAGCAGUGAGAACAGUUUGGGUCCAGUACAUGCACCCGCGUGUUCGGUGGUGCUCCAAUAGCCUAAAGUGUACAGUGGACCUACGAGAAGCGGUUAUUGGUCAAGGGGUUAUAUACUUCCCGACCGACGUCUCCUUUGCAACAUCUUCGGUGUUAGUGGAGUGUUACGGCGGCCGUUUCAAAGAGACAUUGUUACUUCUGACGUCUCAUUCCGUAGCACUAGACAUCGAACCGGAGCCAAGAGAGAAAAUCCUUUUUUCCAACCUUGAGCGUAACCUCAGUUUCCACUUAAAAGUACCUCGUAAGAACAGCGUCUCUCCUGUUCACUACGUCUCACGACAGCCUGUAGCGUGCAACAUGACCAGAACUUACUCUCACAAGGAUUUACCGCACACCAGCUUUCACUUCCUCUCAAGCAUCGGUUUGGAACAGAAGCAGGUGAUCGAGGGAGAAUACACGAUUGAUUGCUACCAUCCAGAAACUGAUCUGCAUCGCAAAUUUACACGGUACAUUUUGCACCAUGGUUCGUACCAUUGGGAUUGCUCGAUGGCUCCCCAUGUUAUUUAUCUGGAAGAAAUUGUGAACCAGGAGCAUUUGAUCUGUACUUGGAAGCUCAAUGCAUCCGAUCAGUGGAUACAGAGUUUGACGAAUGUGGAAACACUAGAAAAGCCUUUCGAUUGCACAGACGAUAAAGGGAAGUUAGAAUUUAUUAAUGGGGUUUUGCUGGUCAGCCGAGGUCAGAGGAACGUGGGCACCUAUCUCAUAAAUUGCCGGGGGUUGGUCGUCGUCCCCUGUCUACUUAUUACAAAUAGUCGGAAUGACUUGGACAUUUCAAUUCAUCCGUCAUCGACGCUAAUCGGUAAACAUGUUUCUGACAUCAUUUGGCCUCGAUUGGAAUGGCAUCACGGAACUGACAGAAGUCAGCUGCAUGUAUUGAGGACACACUUCCCGGUUCGCUGUUUCUGCUGCAACUCAACUGCGAAGAAGCCGUUAUCAUUCUCAUUUGCCGAACCUUUUCAAAUCGGACAACUUCCAAACGGGUUGUUGGAAUUUCAUUGCUUUGCUGAAGGACUAGAUGUGCAGCGGAGAUUCCAAAAAUUCGUGGUUCAUCUCUCGGGAUCUCUACAUGAGCGCAUUGGACCGAACAACUCCCACAGGAAAACCUUAGUCAGGUCGGUGCAGUACACUUGGAAUACUGAUUGUUUCGAACCAUCUGGAGAGUUUGAAAUGAUGACGGAAGCACUGAAACUAACUGUGGCUCCGAUAACAGAGACUGAAGAGGACAUCCUGUGCACGGGCUAUGAGCACAAUAUUAUAAUGUAUUUUCGAGACUCAGACUUGUACUUGUCAGCAAGUCCCGCACAAUCGUUUUACAUCUUCGAUCAGCGACCUCCGUUGCAACUACACAUCAGUUGCAUGAACGCGACCCGUCAGCAGGCCAAUUUAUUGCGAAGCAUCCCACUGGAAUGUAGCGUGAGAGACGCGAAGGGAGAGUCAGUCAACGUGAAGCGCGGUUUCAACACAUCCGCCGGAACAAACAUGGCCUCUUUCACUUCCACUGCGGAGAGCUUGGUGACUGGGCGUUAUCACUACGCAUGCUCCGCCUUCUCGCACCGACUUCUGCUGGAUAUCAGCCUGAUACUUGUUGACCGCUCGACUGUGCUUCUUCAAUUACGUUUCAUCGGUCAAGAGUCGUUGGCUUAUGAUCAGGAGGCAGAACGCCCAGUCAUUGAAUGUCACACCAAUCAUUUGGGCACGCUGGAUAUCGGCCCACCAAUAUGGCGACAAUUGCAUGGGAAGGCAGUCUACUCACUCAAGGAUAGAACAAGUCUAACAAUUGGCAUAUCAGUCCUACACGUGACUGAUCGACGGCCCGGAGUGACUGCCCUCCAAUGCUCUAUGGAGUUACAAGGAGUUUGUGUGAGCAAGUUAGCCGUGUUUUGGACACGUCGUUCGCAGCCUGCGGUUAUUAUGCAACCAAUGCGACGCAUUCACGGGAUAAACACACAAGUUGUCUGUCAACCGAAACAGGAUGACGGUUUGUUCUACAGUAUGCGCAUCGGUUUGAUCACGUCUUCGCACGGGAAGAUCGACCACAUCAGCAGUUCUAUUCGUUGGGUUGGAGAUAGGAAGUCCGCAACUUCCGUGGUAAUCAUAGGCUGCUUCAUGUCUGUGCGUUACAUGGAACGCAAGUACGAUGACAUCCAGUUGCAUCUGUCGGCAGAAGUGUGGCCGACGAUUGCUUUGCGAGUUGUCCCCGAACUUAUAUCAGUGGAGCACCUGCGACCAAUCCAAUGUAUGGCGGAGACGAAGGAUGCAACUGGUUUUCGCCCAAUGCUGACCAUAAUGCAUGGUCCUGAUUUCUUACAUGACGGCACUCGGUUAACAGAUACUUUGUCAUUUACAAGGCUGCCUUCAGGUGGAAAGUAUGCCUAUGAGUGUCGGAUCUUUAUACCAGAAGUUGACCCGGUUGUUAUUGAGGGGCUACUGGAGAUUGAGGGUAAGUUCUCCCAACUACCGUUAUUUAUUGCCGAGUAG